AACCGAAACCGAAACCGUCGCCGUUUGAAUCGACGCGCCCGCCACGCUCGUCCUAGGGCGUGUCGUCCCCUCCCCAUAAAGACGCGAUCCCGUCGGUCGUUUUCCAGAUAAUAUAACAUAACAAAACAACUGAAAACGCCAAAUUCCGAGGAGCCAACGUGCCGUCGUGUUGGUGUGCGACUGCCGUCUGUCCGUCUUGUUUUUGUUUUUCCGCUAAUUUUUUUGCAAAUUUUUCUCCUCAUAAUUCAGCUCGUGAUCUGUGUUAACUGCUUUUGUGUCAUUAAUAUUCACGUAGGUUGUCGUGAUCGUGUGCGGGUUCUCCUCGUUUGUCUGUCCGAGUGAUGUGAAAACGUAACUUCGCCUAUUUCUCAGCGACGAGAAAGAUUUUUAUUUUUCGUAUCAGUUAUCCGUUCGGAUUUUUCCAGUUUCCACCGCAAACGCCGUCUCCAUUACUCGAAUAGGUCUGUCUUGUGUUAUGAGUGUGGCAUGCCAUUAACAGUUUUCGAUUAACUAACAUCAUACGCCGCUUACCAGCACGAUGCCAGGGUCAACAGUUUCCAACAAUGACCUGAGAAUGAAAAAGCGUAGUUUGGCUGGUAACGUAGCCCUUGGCUUGUACGUUUUGGCUUUAGUGUUUGUGUUCAUUGCAUUUUUUUCGACCAGUUGGUUAGUCAGUGAUGGGAGAAUCACAGGUGCAAAAUUAGAAAGUUUUGGACUAUGGACUCAUUGUUUUCGCUCACUGCCUGACCCCAAUGACCCGGCAGAACGAAGGUUUUUUGUUGGAUGCCACUGGAUUUUUGACCCUUUUACCAAGGGAUAUGAUGAAAUCAAAGGAUUUUUGUUACCAUUUUACAUAGUGGCAACUCAGUUCUUUUACACGAUUACAUUCCUAGGAACAUUAGCAUCAGCUGUUGGUUCAUCGAUGUUUCUUCUAUGUUGUACACCUGAUGAAAAACGUUUUAUACAAAUAACUUUUGCGUUGGGAAUAACAUUGAUUGUAUCUGGCGUAUGUGCUGCAAUAUCAGUGUUAAUAUUCGCCUUGUUUGCCAACCGCCCAGGUUGGAUGCCUGGCCACGACAACAACUUCUUUGGUUGGGCAUUUGGUGUAGCUAUUGCAAGUUUCUUUGCUUUACUUGGAUCUGGAGCAUUUUAUUUGGUAGAAACAAAUAUACAAGUGAAAAAAAGAAAAUAUUUGAAAGAAUCACAAACUAAAUUUGACAUGGAGUCCAAAGGAUAAGAUAAAAUUAAUUUUUCAUUUUUAACCAAAAAUAUUUCUAAUCUAUACCAUUAGGAAAUGUUUUUGAUAGUAACCUUUAGCCCGAUCAGUAUUAAAUUAUACUAUUUCCAAAAUCUGAUAGCAGUUAUUUUUAUGAAACUAAUAAUCUCAUUUUUGUUUAAAUUUACACUAUUAUCUAUACUAUUUUAAAUUAUUUAAAUCUUAUUGUGAUAAAAUGUGAAUAAAUAAAAUUAUUUGACUGUUAUAUGAAACCGACUCCGUCCAUUUAAAACGAGUAUUAUUGCAAUAAUAUUAGUUAUAUAUCAUUAUUAUGUGUACACUUUAUUUAGUUUUAAUAUUUGAAUUUCUCACAUCUGUAUCAAAUAACUGUUAAAAAUAAAAUAAGUUUUGUAAUUUUAAGAUAUUAUAUUAUGCAUAUUUAUUUUUUUUUUUUUAUGCAAGCUUGUAUUUAAUGUAGCUAAAUACUUGCAUUAUUAAAAUAUUUAGUUUUAAGGACAUCCUGUGCUACAGUUACAGGAUUCAUCGCUGUAAGGGGUGAACACCAUUCAUUUUCAUUUUUCUUAUGCAAUCUAAUUUUUUAAGACUUGUAUUUGGUUGAUAUUUUUUUAGUUUAUUUUAUUUUAUCUUAGAAACUAGAUGCAUUGAUAUUUUAUGAAACCAUUAUUAUAUUAUUUAAUACCAAACCACUGCACAUUGAUUCUAAAUUAAGUAUUCUUUUACCAUUAUUGCUUAUCAAAAGUAAUGUAAUACACUUUCUUUUCUAUAAUGCCAAAUAUGUAUAUUAAUUUUUUUAUGAGUACCUAUUAUGAAUAAUACAGUUAUUUCCAAGUAAUAUAACAUAGCUAAUAAUUUAGAAAAUCCUAAUAAGUAAUAAAUACAACUUUGACAAAAAAUAAAUGAGAAAUUUCUGUAAACUAUUUAAACUUUAAUUUUUUGUGAUGGUUUUAUUGUUAAUACAAUAUUAAAGGUUGCUUUAUGAUAAUUUUUUAAAAACUAUACUUUUAGUGAUGUGUUUAUCAAAAACUUAAUUGGCUUUAUUAGUAUAAUAUUAUGUUGUAAUUUGUAUUCUCCACAAAUCAUUGAAUUUAUUUAUCUUUGUAUCUUCAAAGUAAUUAGAAUAAGUUAUAUCAUAAUAUACAAUAUCAUUCUAA